AUUCCGUGCAAGGCGCGGAUCUUAACCUAGUUUACAUUAUAGCGGGAUUUGCAACUAGUCAGAUCACAGAAUAUGAGGCCUAGAAACUAGAAAAUCAGAGCGGCAGACAAAUAUAGAUAAAGCCAAUAAAAGGACGAGACGGCACAGUGUUUUGUUAAGCAAACCGGGGACGCUCUGCUGUUCUUUAUUUACUAGUGACCAGCGAAGAAAAACGUCUUGUACGUUAUAUACUAAAGUUAACCACAAACGGCACACAGUUCAAUUCUAUCGUCUUCACUCUUCAUCAUCUGGAAACUGAGAGACGAGCUUUACCGGCGUGACGUCUUAGUUUCUCAAGAUAAAAGCCUAUUUUCUCCGCCGGAGAGAUGGAGGGAAGCGAAUCUCAGAUCUAUCACGAGCGACAAAGACUUCAGUUUUGCCUCCUGCACUCCCUCAACAAUCUAUUUCAGGACAAGAACGCAUUCACACGGGAAAGCUUGAACUCAAUCGCGGAGAGCCUCGUGGCCGAUGACCCGAACAAAGAAACGUGGACGACGCCUCUCUCCUUCCUCCUCAAGCCUCACCACAACACGCUCACAGGGAACUACGACGUGAACGUGAUGAUCGCAGCUCUGGAAGGGAAAGGCAAGAGUGUUGCUUGGCAUGAUAAGCGCCAUGGAGCUUCUUCGAUCGAUCUUGGUGCAGAUAACCUAAUGGGUGUUGUGCUGAAUGUUCCUGUGAAACGGUAUGGUGGGAUUUGGAGAAGCAGGCAUUGGGUUGUGAUGAGGAAGAUCAAUGGAGUCUGGUAUAACUUGGAUAGUGAUCUCGUUGUGCCAAGGCCGUUUAAAGGGGAAGAUGAAGUUAGGGGGUUCUUGGAUCAGAAUCUGAGUUUAGGUUCCGAGGUUUUGCUAGUGAACAAUGCUAUCCCAUACUCUCAACUCUAUUCUCGUAAACUGCUCUUACUCCCUAGAAACAUGUCGGCUACAGGAACAAAACGGUGCAAUGCAAACACUAAACCAGUAACUUCUGGUAAGCAAUCCUCAGCCAAGGGACCUUAUUAUAAGAGCCCGGGACGCACAACGAGCUGUGGCUUGAGGCUGCCGAGAAAAACAGAAGUCACGGCAGCAAGGCUGAUCAAGCAUCUCAGCUGUAAAUUCGUCAAAGGGUUACGUCUAGUGGUGAUGAGGAAGAAUAAGAAGAAGAGAUCUCCACCGUUGAAGGCUUCUUCCACCGGUAGAUCUCAGCCUUCCGUCAUCUCUGUGGCUAAUGAUACCUGUAGAUCAGAGGCUAUAGAAGACUGCAUACAGUUCAUAAACUCCUCGACCUCGUUCACAAGAUCAAGUUCCGCCAGUUGCCGUACAUCUUAA